AUGGCACAAGAAAUACGUUGGAGAACAAUUUUGGAUGAUUAUAUCGUUGUCUGGCUUUUUGAAUCCGAUCAAAUCAGAACAAACUCAGAAAUAAAUCAACUUUUUCCAGCUACAAAUACGCUUAAAAUAUUUCAUCAAUCGAAUGAUUGUAUAGAUUAUACUCAACAAGCGGUGAAUGAAAGUGUUAUUCUUGUUAUUUCGGAUUUUUUCAUUCCAGAAGUUCUGCCAGAAGUACAUGAUUUACGACAACUUCAUUCAUUUUAUGUGCUCGACUCCAAUACUGGCGAAUACAACAUAUCCUAUAUGAAGUCGAGAGGCCUGUUUUCAAAUUUCCAGUCUGUUUGUGAUCAAUUUCGUGAAGAUAUUCAUCUUGUCGAAGAAACCGCAAUACCAGUAAGUAUUUUAAGUUCACAAGCUGUAUCUAAUGCAGAUUUGAAUACACUCGACCCAUCAUUUAUGUAUUCUCAAAUACUCAAACAAAUUCUAUUGGAAUUCAAUGAUAACGAACAAGCUCGACGAGCGUUUAUUCAGCUUUGCCGUGAACAGUAUAUUGAUAAUGCACGAGAAUUGGUUAUCAUCAAUCAAUUUGAACAUGAUUACGAACGACAUUCUCCGGCAUGGUGGUAUACAAGAGAAUGUUUCCUCUAUAAAAUGCUUAAUAAAGCUCUCCGAACGCAAAAUUUUGAUAUAUCAUAUCAAAUAGGCUUCUUCAUACGUGAUCUUCAUCGACAGAUUGAGCAACUUCAUGAGAAUCCAAUCACGGACACGCCACAGAUUCUGUAUCGCGGUCAAGGAAUGCUCAUAGAUGAAUUCAAACAAUUGAAAAAAAGUAAAGGUGGUCUUCUUUCAUUCAAUAACUUCCUGUCGACAAGUACGAGUCGUGAUACUUCACUUCGAUUUGCGCGACGUUCCUUGAACACAGAAGGUCUCGUAUCGAUCCUGUUUGAAAUUCAAGUAGAUCCAGCAAUUCGAUCUAUUCCAUAUGGUUCAUUACGUGGUGUUAGUUAUUAUCCAACAGAAAAUGAAGUUCUCUUUUCAAUGCAUUCAGUCUUUCGAAUUAAUGACAUUGAACAUAUGCAUGAUCGCAUAUGGAAUAUUCAGUUACAAUUAACGAAAGAUACUGAUUUGCAGUUAUGCAAAUUAACGGAUUACAUGCGUAAACAAAUUUGUGGUCCAAAUGCAAUACAUCGUUUAGCAUCGUUUAUGAUGACCGUACGUAAAUGGGAUACUGCUAAGGACGUCUUUGAAACUAUGCUUGUGAAUGGAGAGGGUAGGAAUGCCAAUGAGCUAUCGUAUAUCUCACACAAUCUCGGUUGGAUUUACGAAGAGAAGGGUGAUUUGGACAAAUCUCUUGAAUAUUAUCGAAAAUCAAUUGACUUCGAUCUGAGAUAUGUUCCUCACAACCAUACACAACUGGCACCAACCUACGCAAACAUGGCAUGUCUCUUCGAAAAACAGAACAAAUUCGAUUUGGCAAUGGAACAUUAUCAACGUGCACUAACGAUCGAACUGGAAUGUUCGUCACCUGAUCAAAACAAGAUUGCAUCACGUUAUAUGAAUAUGGGUGAUCUUCUACGACAACUUGAGCGANAGAAGGCAAUUUUACACAACAAAAAAGAAACAUAA